ACUGAUUUCGAUGGGAGGAGUUUGUUGCCCCAGGGAAAAAGGUGAAUACAAACACCUUCUGCAUCUUUUCAAGCUGCGCUUUCAUGUGGAGCCGCAGCAUCGCGGCGAAUUCAGCGAUGGGUUUUUUUGUUUUUCGUUUUUUGUUUUUUUUUUCCUCCCUGCAACUCGCAACAUGAGAGUUGAAUGGCGUCUGGGCCACAAUGUGAAACUUUAGCGCUUUCCUCGGACUCCCCGAGUGCUGCAGAAACAAGCAGGGACGGUCCUGAGAGGUCUUUUUUCACCUGACCGGACUGAACUGCAACAAUGUCAGCACUACAGAAACAAGCGACAAGAGGCCAAGAAGUCUUGCCGAAGGUCCCUGUGCCCCCACUCAAACAAACCCUCGACACCUACCUGAAAUGCGUCCAGCAUCUUGUGAAAGAAGAGCAGUUUAAGAAGACCAAGGCCAUCGUGGAGAAGUUUGGGGCUCCUGGAGGUGUCGGGGAGAUCCUUCAGAAGAAACUUUUGGAGCAGAAGGACAAAAAAGCCAACUGGGUCUAUGACUACUGGCUGGAAGACAUGUACCUAAGCAAUAGGUUGGCCCUGCCUGUUAACUCCAAUCCCGCCAUGGUGUUUCCAAAACAGGCUUUCAGAGAUCACAAAGAUGCUCUCAGAUUUGCUGCUCGUCUCAUCUGUGGGGUGUUGGAGUAUAAGGCUCUCAUUGACGCGAGAAAGCUGCCUCUGGAUUUUGCUCGAGGCCAGUUAGCAGGGACUCCUCUGUGCAUGGAGCAGUAUUACCGCCUCUUCACCUCCUACCGCUACCCGGGGCUGAAGACGGAUACGCUGAAGACCGACUUGAACGCUACCUCCUCGGCGCCAGAACACGUGAUCGUGGCAUGCAAAAACCAGUUUUUCCUCUUGGAUGUAGUCGCAAACAACAAACAGCUCAACGAGGCGGAGAUCUUCCUCCAGCUGGAGAAGAUCAUGAAAAUGUCAGAAAAUGCUGAAGAGAGACUCCCUCCUUUUGGGAUCCUGACCUCAGAUGGAAGGACUGAAUGGGCACAAGCUAGGGAAGCACUAAUAAAAGAUCAAGCUAACCGUGACUCUCUGGCUCUGAUUGAGAGCUGCAUAUGCGUGGUGUGUUUGGACGAGCCCUGCGGCAUUCCGCCCAGCGACACCAACAGGGCGCUGAUGCUGCUGCACGGUGGCGGCCGGGAACGGAAUGGCGCAAACCGCUGGUAUGACAAAUCAAUGCAGUUUGUUGUAGGAACGGAUGGGGUGUGUGGGGUGGUGUGUGAGCAUUCCCCGUUUGAGGGAAUAGUCAUGGUGCAGUGCUCAGAGUUCCUUAUGAAACGCAUAACAGGGAGUCCCUCCAGGACGGUUCAGCCGUCCAGCACCAAAGCACUACCCCCUCCAAGGAGGCUGCUGUGGAAAUGCAACUCCCACGUUCAGGCUCUCCUAGAAGCAUCUGGAGACAGACUGCAGAGGCUGGUGAACAAUCUUGACAUGGAUGUUUUCACAUUUGAAACUUACGGAAAAGAAUUUAUCAAAAAACAGAAGAUGAGCCCAGACGCAUUCAUACAAAUCUCCUUGCAGCUUGCAUUUUACAAAUGCAGAGGAAGGCUGGUGUCCACGUAUGAGAGUGCUUCGCUUCGUCGUUUUCGAGAAGGUCGGGUAGAUAACAUCCGUUCAGCCACAGCUGAGGCCCUGGCCUUUGUGAGGUCCAUGGCCGACGAGAGGGCAACUUUCACAGACUCUGAAAAAAUGAAACGACUGAAGGAUGCAGUAAAGGCCCAGACAGACUACACAAUCGCAGCAAUUACAGGAAUGGCAAUAGACAAUCACCUCCUUGGACUUCUGAAGGUCUCAAAGCAGCUGAACAUGGAGAAGCCAGAGAUCUUCUGUGACGAGACAUAUCUGGCCAGUAACCAUUUCACCCUCUCUACCAGUCAGGUUCCUACAACAGUGGAGAUGUUCUGCUGCUAUGGACCUGUGGUGCCCAACGGCUACGGCGCCUGCUACAACCCGCAGCCGCAUCACAUUGUCUUCAGCGUGGCGAGUUUCUGGGAGAACACGGAGACGAGCUCAGCCGUUUUCGUCAAAGCCCUAAACGAGGGCCUGUUGGAAAUCUGGGAUCUGUGCAACAGGAGUGCAGCUGCAGCUACCAAACCACCGGAAAGCAGCCCUGCAGCUGGCCCGCCUCGUAAAUCAGGAAAGUAAACUAUAUAGAUAGAACCUCCCCUAUACUCACCUAGUCGGAUCUUAGAGUUAGCUUCAGUUAGCUUAAUAGUUCAAGAAAAAUGAAAAGCCUUAUAAAUGAAUAUUUAACUACAUAAAAAAUAUAUAUGUACAUCUUUAGAAAAUAUAUAGAAAAGAAAAACGAGUAGGUAAAUUUCCUUUCUGGAUGCGUAAGAAUGAUGUGGGGUUCAAAACUGACUCUGGUGGACUGAAGUAAGUCGGUCUGCUGCACUUAAGGAACUUGAAGCCAUGUCUGUUUGUAGCACCAGUCUGAGGAUUCAGUCCUCAGUCUAAGAGUUAUUUAAAAGAUCCUUCCUGUGAAUAUUACAUCUAACUUACACUACAUGAAGUAUUAACCUAUAAAACAGGACAGCGACUGAAAAAAAUCUGAAUAGAGUAUAGUAUAAUUUAUUAAUGCCAUCUGGUAUUUGUGAAUGAGCUUUGCCAUUUGAGCUACACUGUGACUUUAAAUGUUCAAAUAUACGAUGUAUCAAUAUGUGUAAUUUAUUAUU